GCGCUUAUUGUACGUCAAAACAGUGUAUGUGUGGAAGUUGUCAUAAGCAAGAGAUGGUGUUGGGAAUCUUCUACGUCAUGAUGAAGUGAGCUGGGACAGGAAACUGAAAAAGAGACGAUGUAUUAUCCAGUGGGGCUUCCCAAGAGGCUCAGAAUCCCGGGAACCCGCGAUGGACAAGUGAAAUCUGUGGUGUGCAAUCGAGACAGGAUCCUCUUUGCCAUCCUCACUGAACGGGCGAUUUGGAUCUGGUUCAGCCGACCAUGUGUACCAGUGGUAGUGCACCGUCGGUCAGAUGAGUCUGUUCUCAGCCUGGGGACCAACGAAUUUCUAGAAUGGAGGCCUGAUUCCUCUAUGAUUGUUGUUGCGACAAAUAAAAAUCGACUUAUUUACUACUCGAUUGUUGUGGACGAGUCACGAAGAGAAGUAUACGAACAGCGAGACCCCCCUAACCCAACUUUGAAACGCGAAUCUGCUGAGCUUUACUCCAGUGAAUCUAUCCCUCCACUUGUCUUCUCAACAGCUUUUGAGACUGAAGUUACAGGAGGGGUAACUGGCUUGGUUUGUCUUCGAGAUGAACUCAUGGUUGCUACAGGGACUGGUCAUAUCCAAAGACUGCGUUGGGAUGGGUCUCUCAACUACGACUAUUGCAUAGAUCUGCGAAGAGUUCCUUUCUGUGAUGACCAACUUGUUAUGAAAGCUGUGCCUCUGGAUGCCCCUGGAGUACACGUUGUAGAUCUAGAGUACUCACCACUGGUGGGAGGAUUUGCCAUUGUAUUAAGUGAUGGUCGAGCUGCUUUUCUCACUGCGUCAACCCUCAAAUUCGACCCUAAUGCCGUGCAAGGGAUCUGGGCCCGAGACCUGGAGGACGCCACCUGCGCAGCCAUCAAUCACAAGUACAGGUUACUGGCGUAUGGUCGGGCGAACUCACAAGGUGUUGUAUAUACUGUAGAUGAGGCCACUGGGGGUCUGGAAGUCUCCCAUAGACUCGUAUUGUCCAGUCGGGAUUUUGCAGGGUCGCCCGGUCCUGUUGGAUUUAUGAAAUGGACUCCAGAUGGCACUGUAUUAGGCAUGACUUGGGAGGGAGGUGGAAUAUCCUUGUGGAGUGUUUUUGGCUCACUGCUUACAGUGUCCUUGCGAUGGGAUUACACUGAAGAUCCACUUUCCAAAGCCAUCACCAUCACAAACAUGGAAUGGGGUGCAGAGGGAUAUGAAGUAUGGUGCAUUCAAAAACUAGAAGAAGAACUUAGCAAACAGGAAACACAAGACCAACAGUUGUACACUGAAAAAAGUUCCAGAGAAAUGCCCAAAAUGGAAGAUAACCUGGAAGAGACCAAGGAAUGCAGGGAAAUGCCUCAAGGUGCUGUAGAGACAGAGGAUAUUGAGGUUGGGGCAGAAGCAACAGAGUCUUCACACUCAACAGGUGUUCAGGAGAAAACAUGUGUGCUACAGUUUUCCUUUAUCAAGAGUGCUCUUACGGUUAAUCCCUGUAUGAGUCGAUUGGGGCGAGUUCUACUACAGGGGAAUGACCGACUCUACCUCAACACUUGUGAGGGACUGGCUGGGAUGCCGGACCCUACCCAGGAUUCCUUGUCUCUUUACUUUGAUGAUGAUGAGGAAGGUGCAUUUGAGGAUCCCUUACAAGCUAAAGACUCACAAUUUUGUGUGGCAGCAAAGAAACAGUGGAUUGUCAUCCCAAUACCUUACAGUUACACAGCUUCAAACUGGCCAAUCAGAUACACCUGUGUGGAUGAGGGUGGAGAACUUGUUGGUGUUGCUGGGCGGAAUGGAGUGGCCCAUUAUUCCUUGCGGCUGCGACGAUGGCAUCUCUUUGGCAAUGAGAGCCAAGAACGAGAUUUUGUGGUAACUGGUGGCCUGCUUUGGUGGCGGUCAACAUGGCUAGUACUUGGAGCCUACAACAUACCAGCCAACAUGGAUGAACUUAGGCUUUAUCCACGGGACCAUAAGCUGGAUAACCUUUAUGUCACUACGGUGCCACAACCUGCUCAGGUGCUUUUGUUAAAUAUAUAUGGGGAUCAGCUGAUUGUGUUAACUGCUGAUUGCCAUAUCACAGUGUAUAACCUUCAGCCUUCGGAAACAAACUCAGGUGGUGGUAAUGUAAAUGUGUCUCGGGUUCAGGAGGUAGACAUUUCUGGACUGACAGUGCACCCAGCGUGUGUUGUAUCCAUAUUACUGACCAGCCUCCGCACAGAGUCUUGGAGAGUCAGCAACAACCAACACAACCCACUGCCAGCACAGAGUGUCAUUAUUAACAUAUCUGGCAAAGUACUUAUGAUACAACGAGAUCAGCAGGCAGAUGGUGCAGGCAGCAAUGGCAAAUUGUUCCAUUGUGCACAAAUGACGCCAAUUGUCCUAGCCUCAAGCUGUGAAGCUUUGUGGUGCAGUAGCUGUGCUGUAAGUCAUAAGCCACAUCUUAGUCAUGCAUUGUGGCUACAUUGUGGUGUUCAUGGCACACGAGCCUGGUUACCACUCUUCCCCAACUCUGCUGAUAAGUCUCACAUUUUCUUGGCUCGCAGGAUAAUGCUGCCCUUUACUCCGUCCAUAUAUCCUCUAGCUGUGUUGUUUGAGGAAGGUAUCUUGCUAGGGGCAGAGACUGACACGUCCCUGCUGGCAUGUGACGCUGCUUCUCUGCACCAGCCACUUACUGUUGUAGAGCGGACUAGUCAAGUUUACCUGCAUCACUUGUUGAGACAACUGCUGAGACGAAACCUUGGGUACCAUGCUUGGGAGGUAGCCAGCACAUGUCGGGACUUGCCAUACUUCCCACAUGCACUAGAGCUUCUCCUGCAUCAGGUUCUGGAAGAAGAAGCUUCGAGUAAAGACCCACUUCCAGAUUGCCUGCUACCCCGUGUAGUGGAGUUCAUUAGAGAGUUCCCAGUGUACCUGCAGACAGUAGUACAAUGUGCGAGAAAGACUGAGCUGGCCUUAUGGCGCUACCUCUUCUCUGCAGCAGGCAGUCCUAAGCUCCUCUUCGUCAAGGCUUUGGAGGAGGCCCAGCUGGAUACUGCUGCAUCAUACCUUAUCAUCCUUCAGAAUCUGGAGAGUGCCUCUGUGAGUCGAAGCCAUGCCACACGCCUUUUAGAUGCUACAUUAGAAGCUGGCAAAUGGGAUCUUUCAAAAGAUCUCAUUCGAUUCCUUCGUUCAAUAGACCCGACGGACCUGGACUCACCGAAGCCAUCGGUUCCAUCUUGUGGGAGUACCAAGGUUGGGUUCAGCCAUGCCACACCCCCCGUGUCCCCUGCAUGUGCAGAUGAAGACCUUUCGAUGAUUCUCCCCAACACUCAGAUACAGAUGUUGCGAAGACAUUCCUCUGUUCUGAUCACCGCUCCACAGGUGCUCCGUGGGAGGUCCUUCUCCUCAACGUCAGCCCCAAAGGUGGCAGUUGGGGAUGGGGCAGCAGCCUCUCAUCAGUCAGUGGUGAGAACAACAUCAGACUCGGCAAAAGUCCUGCCAGAGAUCAGUCGUCAGUGUCAGACUGUGCCAACACAGCGUAAGCGAUCGACAAAUUCAUUGAGCAAGGAUGUGUCAACAGCAGAAGAAUACUUUUUGGAUGUGAUUCUGCAAAGGCAUGCAAAGAAACUCUUACUGAGCUGCCGUCUACGAGAUUUGGGGACAAUGGCAGCACACUUAGACUUUCCAUUAGUGUCAUGGCUCAGGAGAGAGAGAAGUCGGGCAGCCCGGGUGGAUGACUUUGUUGCAUCAUUGAAGCAGAUCCACAGAGAAUUCUCUUGGCCAUACCCUUCCGUCCCAACUUCCCAUAUCCGGCGUUACUCAGUCUCAUCUGUGCGAUCUGGAGGGAGUCCUGAUGAGAGAUCUGUUUUGGUGGAGGAGAAGAUGCAAGGACUCUCAAUAUCAGUGCCAAAGGUGUCUUCACUGGGCACAGGAGAAGUAGGAGACAGUGGGUAUAUGAGCCAAGCUACAGGGGACACACACACAGCUGUGACCCCUCAGCACACACCGCAUUCACCCAAAUCUCCAUAUGCUCUCCAGGAAGUCAUGCCUCGCCAGGCUCUGCUGGUCCCACAUUCGCCCAGAACAGGUGAUACAGUGAGUGUGAUGAGUGAAGAGGGGACUUUGUAUGGGGAUGACACGUCGAGUGUGUGUGGGGACUGGAGCCCAGAGGGAGGAGACCCAAUGCGUGAUCUGCUUUCUCGACCUCCUGACCCUCCUCCCCAGUCCUCUCCAAGACCCCCUCCUCAUGCUGAAGUUCAGCUUAGAUACUUACUGCAGGUGCUGUUAGAAGCAGGGUGUUUAGAGUGGAGUGUUGUGGUGGCAGUUGUGCUGCGUGAUGCCUUAGCCGUGUUAAGAGUCGUGACGCUUGCCCGCGCUCCAGAUGUACCUGCACAGGUGAUCACCAGACUAACAACAGGCUUGCAGGAUCUUUUGCACUUUACAAAUACUGAAUGCUUGGGAUAUCAAAAUUUCCUUGGAGCAAUAAUGGGGCAAGUUAAGGUCUUGGAAAGGCUUGCAAAUACCCGAGAAAUAUCACGGACUCCAAGUCCCCACUCUUCCCGUCCUCCAUCUACGAGUCAUGAAUCCGAGCCCCCUCCCAGCCAGGAGAGUUCCCAUAGGUCUUCUGUUCGAACUUCACCUCCCCCAUCGUCGCAUCAGCAGCAAGGCCAACAGCAACAAUCAAUGCAGGUGCAGAAUCAAACACAGGGUCAGCAGACACAGCAGGUACCACAACAGCAGGCACAGCAGCCGUUGCCUCACCCAGGCAUGCCCAAGGUAUCUUAUCUCCCUCGAAAUUCCAUAUCUGCUGGAGAAACUCUUCCGGAGGAAACUUCAAACCCAGAAUCUGAGAAUGAGCUCAGGGACUCGGUUCAUGAAGGCAUUUCCACUCUGGAGGAAGAGGGAAGUGCAGCCUGCGUUGUGUCAUAGGCCAGCUGUAGCUACUGUUGGUCGAGGACCAUUUUUUUAUAUAUAUAUAUAUCCAAAGGCAAUAAUGGAAAGAAUGCUACUAAACUGUUGCUCACAACUUUUGUGGUUUGUAAUUUUUCUCACAAUAGUGAAGAUUUAAAGCAAAAGUAGAGUUGUAUUAGCCAAAUGACUGGUGCUUAAUUUGGAAAUCUUUGUAACUGCUUUGUGUUUAGUUGGGAAAAUAUAGUUGAGCAUGUGUUGUAAACUGAAGGAUUAAAAAUGUUGGCUUUUUUCAUAUAUAAGGAAAAGAUUGUCAGUAUUUUAUGGAUUUAAUUAGUUGUUUAUUUUUUCAUGGAUAUUUCAGUUUGAAAGGAACAGAUAUUAGAAUAAAAUGAAUUGAGUCCAUUUUGUGAUUGAUGGUUCUGGUUUGACUAAAUACCCUACACUGUAAGGUUUGGAGACAGAAAAUAGGGAACGUAUUGUAUAAAAAACGGUUUCACCAUUAACAUAAUUUCUUGCUAUACUGUAAUUUGAUAUAAUUUUUUUUAAAGGUUACAUCUGAAAAUAUGAGCUUACACAACACAGUGUUGAAUGGUAAUGAUAGAUAAGAAAAAGAGCAGUUAGUUCUAUUAAGAGUAGUACGAUUCCAUAACCAACCAGCUGUAGUUCUGCUGCAAGGCAUUACUUGAGGGGCCAAGGAGAAUAUUAUAGUCCAUGUUAUAUAUGAGCUUUAACCCAUGUACAUGUGUGUGAUGUAUUGAUAUUUUUUUCUUUAGAGGAUAGAAUUGUAUUUAGGUAAAGUUGAUCUGUAACAUAUUUUAUAGGAGCUGUAAUACACAUAGAAAAUCUAUAUAUCUAUCUAUAUAUGUAUGGGCUGGUCCUAUCCACCAUUGUUAGGGCCUUUGAGAGUAAUUGUUACAAUAAUCAAGGAUAGAAAUUUAACUUUUUUCACAUUUUACAGACUUAAAGUUUAAAUGUUGAAGCACAGGAAAAGGGUAUGGAGACAUUGCCUCAAUCUGAUAUGUUUUUUUUUUUCUUCCUCAAAGUGUGUGCCUUGAGGAUUCUGUAAAGUAUUUGAAAUUAAACCUAGUGGUGUAAAACUUUGUGGAGGUAUGUGAUAUAUUGCUAGCAAGUAGGUUUCUGUUGAUGUGGAUUUGUCAGGGAUGUUGUGAAAAGUGGGAUGAUAUGUAUCCAGUUGGCAUAUAGGAGGAGAUGUGCACUACUCUAUUGGGGUUUAGUGUGCCUUUCUCUGAGGCAGAAGAGGAUAGAAGACUUAGUCCCAAUAAGUGGGAAACUAUAAUGGUAAAUAGGCAUGUUUUGUACACCUUUUUUAUCAGGGAAGAAGCCACAUUUUUUCUUCUUAUUUCUUAAUGAAUUUCCCUCCAAUAGGCUGAAGUCAAAAUGAAACACAUUGUCUCUUAAUGCAUGUAGAGACAGUAGGUUACGAAUUGGAUUUAAAAUAAUUUAGAUUUUAUACUAGAGUGAAGGACUUGAUAAACAGACAGCAGAGAAAAAUGAUAAACAUCCAUCCUUUUUUUAAAAUACAGUCUUUGUUAAUAGGUACAGGCUGUCAGAUAAUGGCCCCACCUGGAUGCAAAAGUUUGUCAAAGAAAGUUAUAGAAUGACAGUACUAGGGAGGGUAAGUGGAAGAAUAGGAAGAUAGGUGCAUGAAUAAGUAAAUGUAAGGUCUGUAUGUAUGGAAGAAUGGAGCUGAAAAAUUGAUUAAGAGAAUGCACUUUUACGUUUGUAUAAGAGAUUAUCUGUUUAUGUUGGCAGUUUAAGGUGUACUCAUAGUGACAGUUAUAAAUGGUGGAAAAUACUACACAUGAAGAAUUAUUGAGUCAGCAUGAUAAUUAAAGGAGAGUAGACCUCCAGUGUAAGAUUGUAAGAAGUAUAACUAAUGGAAAUUUUGUACAGUUUUUAAAGGUUUUGGAAUGAUAUUAUUUGGAAGUUUAGUGAUGCCAAACUAUUAACUUUUUCAAAGGAAAAUCCUGAGGUGAAAUUUAACAUUAGUUAAAUUAGUAUAGUGUAUGAAAUUAUGUUAUUUUAGCUGUUCUUAGAUGGUGAUUUUGGCCAUGUGAAUUUGGUGGCUCAGGUAUAAGAAAAGAUUUUUUAAAAUCUAGAGAACACAUGAUUGUGCCAAAGCUAUUUGAAGUUAAAGACCAGUUUCCCAUUUGCUGUUGUAUCCCUCAUGUCAUUUACAUUAAUAAAAUUAUUUUUUAUAUGCUUUCUUGGUUUUGAUGUAUAAAUUCAUUGUUUGGGGAGUCCAUACACUACCACAUCUUCCAGUUGACCAAGCAUAAAUGUUUCAAAUGUAGAUUUAUCAUGCAUGCAAAUGGGACCUUUGUUUUAUAGGGUAUCUUUUUCCUAAUGAUUUUUAUGUUCUCCAAUUCACUCUAUAACAGCCACCUAUGAAAGGCAGGCUUUUAGAUACUUGAUAUAUGUGAAUGUUGAACUUAAAGACAACUCAGUUAUAGGAUAAGUUUAUUGAUGUAAAAUGAUGAUGAGGCACCAUGAUAGUUCUAGAAUAUCAGUUUUGUUUCUUAAGAGAUGUUCUGUAAAAAUUAUUUAUGAAAGUGCAAGGCUUCUGUUAUUAAAGGAACAAAACGUUAUGAUUAAACAUAUACUCUUUGUAUCAGAAUUGAUAAGCGAAGGUAGACUGAAAAGAGAGAACAUUAUUGUAAUAGAUAUAAAAAAUGAUUUUUUAAAAGAAAAAAUUGGAAUGGAUAUAACCAAAGAAUUGUAUUUUAGGAAAUUUUAAAUCAUGUUUUUCUUAAAUCUAGUCUUUGGACUGUGAAUGUCUCUUAAAGUAUUAGGAUAAAAAUACAGAUUUUCGAAGUGCUGUUAAUGUGGCAUGUCAUUUUUAUUUUUUGUUUGAAGGAUCCUGAAGAAAUAUUUUAUUCAAAUACAGUACUGCAUAAUUUGGAAGAUAGGUUUGUGCCACUGGAAAGUGUUUUGAUUUUUUUUUCUCAAAUUCAGUAGAGUUCAAUUUUAAUUUUAAAUACAUUCAGUGAACCUUUAAAGAAAUAAAAGUACCAAUCCCUUCAUUAUUUAUUAAUAUUGUUGUAAAAUGAAAUAGAAGUAUAUUGCAUAUAAAGCCUGUUGUUUACCUGCAGUUGUUCCAAGACAAAUACUGAUUUCUUUGCUAUUGGUUCUUUUCACUGUUUUAGGUAUGGCUUUGCUUCUUCAGGGGAAAAUAUUAAUAAAUACUAAUAUUUUUUGGUGAAGGUAAGACAGAUAUGGCACUGACAUCAACACCAAUUUAAGAUUACGUGUUAUAUUUGUCUUAGAAAUUGAUAUUAAUUUUUAGAACUAGAUACCAAAAAAAAAAAAAAAACAAUCGUAAUUAUUGUGCCAAUUGAAUAAACAAGUUAAAAGGUCCUUUUUUUCUCUGGUACUUUUUACAAGUUGAUUUGCAAGAUGUGUAGUAGAUGUGUGUUUUUGGAUGGUGAAGUUAUGAUACAAGGCAGUGCACUACAGCUAUUAUCAGUGAUGGAUGGUCGUAGAUUGAAAUGCAUUUAUUACGUUAGUCUUCCAUGAAAUGCAAUGUUAUUAUCAUAGGAGAUGAGUGCUAGAAUGCUCUUAUUAUAGUUAGCUUUUUAACAUUUUGAAUGGCAAAAUUUAAGCAUAAUUUUUUUUCUUGGGAUUUUGACUUUCAGGUAUGUGGUAAGAGGUAUAGUCUCCUGAAAAGAAAUAGUUUAAUUUUAUGAGCUAAGGGAAUGGUAGCUGAUAGGGAAUAGGAGUGGUAACUUUCAAGGUUUAAAUUUUUAUUGUUUUUUGAUUAUCAGGUUUGUGAGCAAUGACUAGGAAUCAUGAAUUUUAAUCUGUGCAAUUAACAUUUCAAUUUACAUUUGCAAAGUACAUUUUCUCCCUUUAACGUGUUGCAGUGUUUAAAGUACAGAUACAAAAAUGAAGCCAAUUUCAUUUUUUAGUGUGUGGAUUCUGACCUUUUCCUUCCAGUCUUUAUCAGAAAACAGCUCUCCCAUGACUUGAAAAUGGAAACUGGGAUAUUCAGAGUAUUAAAAUUCAGAAAAAGUAUAUUGGUUAUUUUUUAUUUUGUGUGGUUUGUUCAAAAUAUUUAGUAUGCACAUAUUUGGUUUGUUGGUUGGGAAUGCAUUUUGAGACUGAGUGUAAAAAAAAAAAAAAAA